ACAUUUAUCAGUAACCUGUGCCAAAUCUGACUUUUAAAAAUAUCCAAAUUUUCACAUAUGUAUGUAUGUUUUCCCACUUUUUAUGUAAAAACUUGUACGGCCAACGAAAUUGUAUUUUGCGGAUCUUCUUAUAAAUAUUAUAAUGACAUAUUUAGCGAGUGUCUGCGCUGCUGGCCUCAUUCACCUGAUGCACAAUUGGGUCUUGCCGCCCGACCGGUCCAAGUUGCUGGGACCACAGUUACCGUCUAUCUUGGUGGCCAUUGCCCUGCUGGAUCUGAUCUAUGAUAAUAGACUUUUACCCCAUGGUUUGGAAGUAAUGUCUGUCAUGCUCCAACGGUUCUGCGAAAUGACAAUGGCGCUCAUCUUGCUGGAGCUGGGCAUUAACGUCAUCUGGAUACCGGUGGAGCGCCUUAUCCACCUGCUGACUAAAAUAUUCUUGCGUAGCACGGGUCUUCUGUCAGAAGGUUUCGAGGGCUUCUGGGUGGGCUGCGUGACAGUGCCACUGUCCCUGGUGAUCCUGGCCUUCGUUGGCCACGCCACCGAUCACUUCUCUUUGCUGCGCAGCCGAAGCUUUCGUGUGAAGACCAGGGUCCUGCUCAACGUGGACGCAUCAUUGCGCUAUCUAAAGCGUAACCAGAGAGUCACCGGAAUGCCGUUGCCCAAUUACGCCGAAAAGCUUCAACAACACAAGGAUGCUGCAACCAGGCGCCGACGAGGUCAGGACUUCCUAAGACACUUCCACGAUUAAAUAAAGAAUUCACAUAGUUUUUUAAUUAGA